AUUAUGAAUGUUAUGGAGCCCUAUUCGUCUGUAUCAACAAUUUGUAGUUCUUCUUGACCCGGAGGGUCAAUAGCUGGGAGUUGGAUUAUUGCAACUACAACAAUUUGAUGCGUUAGAUGCAGACAUGCACACCAGAUGGAGUUCUGAAUACAGAUUUUCAGAAAUGAAGUCAUGGAUGAUAGCAGUAUGCCUUGUGGUGGUGGGCCACGUUUCAGCCAUGAAAGAUUUUCCCACAUUGAAUCACUUACGACCGUCAUCCAGUAUUGCUGACCAAUCAUUGGCUGCUCAGCAGCUGAUUGGACGGGUCUUAGGGGUGGACCUUGCAUCACAUUUCAACGUGACUGUCACUGGUGCAAAAGUACUGGAUUCAUUCAAUAUUAUUUCCGAUGGCAACACAGUGUUCAUAACUGCAACAACAGGUGUAGCAGCUGCAAUGGGUUUCUACUAUUACCUGAAAGUGCACUGUGGGCGUCAGUUUACGUGGGCUGGACAACAGUUGAACAUUCCAUCACCACUGCCAGCCAUCGCCCAGCCAGGCAUUACCAUUAUGGCAAAUGACAGGUUUCGGUACUACCAGAAUGUGUGUACUGUCAGCUACUCCAUGGCAUGGUGGGACUGGUCUCAAUGGGAGCAACAUAUCGACUGGAUGGCAAUGAAUGGCAUCAAUUUACCAUUGGCCUUCACUGGACAGGAGGCAGUGUUUCAGAAGACAUACAUGAAGCUGGGAUUUACUGCUGAUGACUUGAAGAUGCACUGGGGAGGUCCGGCCUUCCUGGCAUGGUCCCGGAUGGGUAACAUGCAUGGUUGGGGAGGGCCCCUGCCCCAGUCCUGGAUAGACAACCAGCUUGCCUUGCAGCACCAGAUACUGGCACGUAUGAGGGACCUCGGUAUGAUACCAGUCUUACCAGGGUUCUCUGGACUUGUGCCUGAAAACUUCACCAGGCUGUACCCUAAUGCAAGCGUGAGUCAACUUUCUGAUUGGAAUGGUUUCGAUAGCACUUAUUGCUGUACAUACCUGUUGGAUUUUGAAGAUCCUAUGUUCAACAAGAUUGGCUCAACGUUCAUACAAACUAUGCAGGAUGAGUUUGGAACUGAUCACAUUUACAAUGCUGAUUCCUUUAAUGAGAUGGACCCAAAGUCAAGCUCCCCCUCUUACUUGAAGACUGCAGGCAGUGCAGUGUAUAAUGCCAUGGCAACGGCUGACCCACAAGCUAUAUGGCUGAUGCAGGGCUGGCUAUUUCAGAGUCCGUUCUGGACUCCUGAACCAACGAAGGCCUAUCUUACAUCAGUGCCUAUUGGCAAGAUGAUAGUGUUGGACCUGAUAGCCGAGGGCAGCCCAAUAUACGUGAGGACCCAGUCCUUUUAUGGUCAGCCCUUUAUCUGGUGUAUGCUGCACAAUUUUGGAGGCACUAUGGAGCUGUUUGGAAACAUAGAUGCAAUAAACAAUGGCCCAUUCAAAGGUAGACAGUUUACUGGCAGCACCAUGGUUGGCAUUGGACUGACGCCCGAGGGAAUUUUCCAGAAUGAGGCCAUCUAUGAGUUCAUGAACGAGAAUGCUUAUGCAAAGUCCCCUCGCAAUCUUACAGAGUGGUUCACCAAUUACACUGUUCAGAGGUACGGAGGUUACCAUAGCGACGCAGACCAGGCAUGGCAGCUGUUGAGGCAAACCGUCUAUAGAGGAAGUGUGAGGUCUACAAUGGGUCUAGCACAACUCCGGGGCUCAGCCACCUCUGUGCCCACACUUAGACCUCAGUUGCCUGCCAGAUACCCGCCUUCAAGUGCCCUAAACAACAAGGAUGGCCUACGUGACCACAGUAGGGGGGUGAUACCUACAUCCCGGCCCAGUCUCAAGCAGCACCUUCCUGAUGUGUGGUAUGAUACAAAGCUUCUCUACAUGGCGUGGAAGCACAUGCUCAAUGCAGCUCCUAAAUUCAGCAAUAACUCUUUGUUCAGGUAUGAUCUGGUAGACAUUGGUCGCAACUCGCUUCAGAUGUUGUCCAUCCAGUAUUAUACUGCAAUACUGGCUGCUUAUCAGAACCAGAGCAUAGAUGCACUCGAUAAAGCGGGUGGUGCCAUGAUGAACAUACUGUCUGACCUAGAGCUGCUGCUGGGGUCUGAUCCUCACUUCCUUCUGGGUCCAUGGAUCCGUGACGCACGCUCGUGGGGCGUGACAGCGAGUGAAGCUGACUUGAUGGAGUACAACGCCAGGAACCAGGUCACACUGUGGGGGCCAACCGGAGAGAUUCGAGACUAUGCAGCGAAGCAGUGGGCAGGCUUGAUUUCUGGGUAUUAUGCACCAAGAUGGGGCAAAUUUAUUGGCAUGUUGGCGCUGUGUGUUAGCCAGGUAAUGUUAUGGCGCUGUAUGUUAUCCAGGUAAUGUUAUGGCGCUGUGUGUUAUCAAGGUAAUGUUAUGGGGCUGUGUGUUAUCCAGGUAAUGUUAUGGGGCUGUGUGUUAUUCAGGUAAUGUUAUGGCACUGUGUGUUAUUCAGGUAAUGUUAUGGAACUUUAUGUUAUCCAGGUAAUGUUAUGGCACUGUGUGUUAUCCAGGUAAUGUUAUGGCACUGUGUGUUAUCCAGGUAAUGUUAUGGCACUGUAUGUUAUCCAGGUAAUGUUAUGGCACUGUGUGUUAUCCAGGUAAUGUUAUGGCACUGUGUGUUAUCCAGGUAAUGUUAUGGCACUGUGUGUUAUCCAGGUAAUGUUAUGGCACUGUGUGUUGUCCAGGUAAUGUUAUGGCACUGUGUGUUAUCCAGGUAAUGUUAUGGCACUGUGUGUUAUCCAGGUAAUGUUAUGGCACUGUGUGUUGUCCAGGUAAUGUUAUGGCACUGUGUGUUAUCCAGGUAAUGUUAUGGCACUGUGUGUUAUCCAGGUAAUGUUAUGGCACUGUGUGUUAUCCAGGUAAUGUUAUGGCACUGUGUGUUAUCCGGUAAUGUUAUGGUACUGUGUGUUAUCCAGGUAAUGUUAUGGCACUGUGUGUUAUCCAGGUAAUGUUAUGGCACUGUAUGUUAUCCAGGUAAUGUUAUGGCACUGUGUGUUAUCCAGGUAAUGUUAUGGCACUGUGUGUUAUCCAGGUAAUGUUAUGGCACUGUAUGUUAUCCAGGUAAUGUUAUGGCACUGUGUGUUAUCCAGGUAAUGUUAUGGCACUGUGUGUUAUCCAGGUAAUGUUAUGGCACUGUGUGUUAUCCAGGUAAUGUUAUGGCACUGUGUGUUGUCCAGGUAAUGUUAUGGCACUGUGUGUUAUCCAGGUAAUGUUAUGGCACUGUGUGUUGUCCAGGUAAUGUUAUGGCACUGUGUGUUAUCCAGGUAAUGUUAUGGUACUGUGUGUUAUCCAGGUAAUGUUAUGGCACUGUGUGUUGUCCAGGUAAUGUUAUGGCACUGUGUGUUAUCCAGGUAAUGUUAUGGCACUGUGUGUUAUCCAGGUAAUGUUAUGGCACUGUGUGUUAUCCAGGUAAUGUUAUGGCACUGUGUGUUAUCCGGUAAUGUUAUGGUACUGUGUGUUAUCCAGGUAAUGUUAUGGCACUGUGUGUUAUCCAGGUAAUGUUAUGGCACUGUAUGUUAUCCAGGUAAUGUUAUAAACUAAUACAUUAGCCUUGCUCUGAGUAAAAACUCUGAGUCUGGUUUAAUUUGCAUUAGGUACCGUCUUAGAAAACUCAGAAUAGAAUAGCCUGUGCAGCCUGCAUGGGCUAAUCUUGAAUGAGAAUGUCUGCUUGUUUGCAUUUUUUUCGGUUAAAGGAAGUCAAUAUACAGAAAAUCCAGUCCAGAGGGAAAGUGUUGUCCAUGAUUAGCCUGCGCAGGCUGCACAGGAUAAUCUUGAAUGACGCUUUAGGCAUAUGCAUAAAGUAGGGCUGGUAUUUCUUUGCUGACCAUCGGCUUAGUUUAAACCUGUUCAUUUUAGAUUGAUUGCAUCUAAAGUACUUACUACUUAUUUCAAACGCUCUCUAGUCCAUUUGGUACUAGAACCAGUACUUGGUGUCUAUGGGGGAGAUCUAAAGAACCCUGCCAUAGUGGGGAUUGAGCCUGAACCAGUGACCUCAAUGUCGAUAGGCAGACACAAUAUCUACUAUGCCACAUCGACUGUCUAUCAGCUACCAGUUUUUCUAGAUCGUAGUAGUUAAGUAUUGGAGGAAGUCCCUUUGUCAGUUAGUUCUUCUCACUCUGGAUCCUGCAAUAACUCAAAAAGUGUUUAAGCUAGGUAUGUGGAUAGAGGGCCAUAUCUUGACUAUGCACAUUAUUUCAAAGUGUCUUUUUUGUACAACAAAUAUUAUGGUUGCAUUUGGUUUCAGAAAUUAUUUAAAACUAAAAACAAAAAACACAAAAAUUAGUGAAGCCAGGUUGAUGAAACUAUGUAUGUAGUUAGAGAGCCAUAUGGGGGAUAUUAUAGUAUGUUUCAGAUUUGUCUAAAUAACCAUCUUUUCAUCCGUCAUUGUUUAAAAAAUCUGGAUCCAUCAGCUAUAUCUGAAUUUGUACUUUAGUUACAUUGAGGAAACUCAGAAUGUAAAUAGAUUGCCAUAUGGGGAAUAUACAGAUCAUUGCAAUUGUUUGUCAGACAAAAAUUGUGGUUGUUAUGGUUAGAUAAAUUAAUUAAAAACAAAAAUUUGGGUCCUGCAACACCAAUAAAUACUCUUUGCUGAAACUCAAUACCAGUAUAGGUGAAUAAAGAGCUAUAUGGGGAAUGUAGAGGUGAUUUCAGGAAUAACUAAAUACUAAAAUCUGCAGCUGACAUUACUUAAAAGUACUUAGGCUAGGUAAAUACAUGAUAAAUUAAUUUUCCUACACUGAAAACAUCAAUCAGGUAAGGGGCUAAUGUUUUGUCUGUGCCAAACCUCAUGUUCCUAUUACUUUAACGUUAUACUUUACCACUCAGAUACGUAUUUAACCCGUUACCACUUAGAAACGAAUUUUGACGUGUUUGUAACUUGCAGUCUGUUCAGGUUUUAUGCUGUUUGCUGCUCAUCAGUAUCUAAAGGUUGGACUAAAGUCUUAAAAUCUUGAAUCUAGUUAGAAAGGUUUUUAAUUAAAUUUAGCUUUCUUAAGGACAACAAAUGCGUCAAAAUACGUAUCUAAAGGGUAAAGGGUUAAAUACGUAUCUAAAGGGUAAAGGGUUAAAUACGUAUCUAAAGGGUAAAGGGUUAAAUACGUAUCUAAAGGGUUAAGGGUUAAAUACGUAUCUAAAGGGUAAAGGGUUAAAUACGUAUCUAAAGGGUAAAGGGUUAAAUACGUAUCUAAAGGGUAAAGGGUUAAAUACGUAUCUAAAGGGUAAAGGGUUAAAUACGUAUCUAAAGGGUAAAGGGUUAAAUACGUAUCUAAAGGGUAAAGGGUUAAAUACGUAUCUAAAGGGUAAAGGGUUAAAUACGUAUCUAAAGGGUAAAGGGUUAAAUACGUAUCUAAAGGGAAAAGGGUUAAAUACGUAUCUAAAGGGUAAAGGGUUAAAUACGUAUCUAAAGGGUAAAGGGUUAAAUACGUAUCUAAAGGGUAAAGGGUUAAAUACGUAUCUAAAGGGUAAAGGGUUAAAUAAUGAACCUGUAAUGCUUAUUGAUGUAUAAUUACUUGAAGUGAUCUUAGUACUAAAAAAAUUGAAAUACUAACUUGCUUUAAUAAUUUUAUAUUUGCUGUUAAAAGUGAUCAAUACAUUUUUUAAAAUAAUUAUUAACAGUUUUUUACCCUUAAAUAGAUGCACAUAAUAUGCGACUCAAUUAUAUUAUAAUAUUUGACCCUUGUUCUGGAAUAUCUGACCUUAAUGCAUGUGGGUAAAGUCUCAUUCCAGAUUAGCCUAAUUACAGCUUGAACCAGCUUAUCAGGGAGGACACUUUCAUCUUUUAUUGUAUUUUUCGUUUGAAGAAAGUCUAUUUGUAACACAAAAAUCAAGUUUUGGAGGAAAGCGUUAUCCCUUAUUAGCCUGUGAAGACUGCACAGGCUAAUCUGGGAUGACCCUCUACGCACAUGCAUUAAACCCAGAUUUCCCAGGUCUAGGUUCAUUUUUUGUGAUUGCAAUGAUUGUUUUCAGGGGACCCAGUUCAGCCAGACAGAAUACAAUGAGGUUGUUCUAGAGACAAUAGAGGAGCCAUUCUGCGCAGACACUACUCAAGUACCUGUGAAUCCAACUGGAGACAGUGUGGAAAUAUCAGCAGCUCUCUACCAGAAAUAUCUGCCCGACAUGAAAUCAGAUUUCCAUAGCAAGCUACCAGUCUGGGCCGCACAGGGGGAGAGUGGGCUAAAACAGGCCAUCAGCUGGAUGUAUAAUAAUUAGGGGAGGGGCACAUGGGGAUGAGUAUAUUCGGUCAAGUAUAGCAAGAAUAAAAAAAAAUGGGAAUACAUGUAGUGGGACUCAGUGCUUCUCCAGACCAACUUCAAACAUAGAUACAAAACAAUAAAUCGGACACAUGAGGGAUUCAAUAAAUGAUGUACAGAUUGGAUACAAAAAUAAUAACGGGACACAUCAGUACAUUAGACCAACUUUAAAUAUUACAAAACAAUUAACUGGGGUGGGGGAGGCAUGUGACCUUAUUUUGUGAAUCAUUUAGGAAUCAUAGGGAUACAGGUGUCCAUUCAUAACAUAGAUUGAGAGUCAUCAUAGGUACAUAAUAGCAGGUUUUCAAACAUAACAUUUGUACCAAAUUAUAAGGGGGGGGGGGGGGCUUUGUUUGAAUGUUUCUCAAUAAGUGGGAAACAUGGUAACAUAUGCUCUUAGUGGUAUAGGGUUUCAGGUUUCAAAUGAAAUAACAUUUAUCAGUUGUUGCUGCAAAGCAGAAAUUUGAUGUUACCCACUAUUUCUGGUUUGUAUUUUACAUUUAAUGUGAAUAAAUUAACAGUUUUACACAAUGUUUACAAAACUAUUUUUUGCUUGAAAAUUUGCUACCAAUACCUUGGCUGUUGUAGUUGUUUGAAAGUCCCUCACUUCCAUACCUUUUGAGGGAACAGUCACUUCCAAUAGUCACCUAUGUGAAAUUGGUGGUUAAUAGGAAUUUUUAUUCUCAUCUUUAUUAUGUUUGUUUGAAAUGUGUUUAUAUAUAUAUAUUUGUAUGAUGGAAGGUUUUGGGAGCAUACAUAUAGAGGUAUGAAUGUAUUCUUAACCUUUAUAAAUAUCUUAUGAUAAAAGGAUUGAAUGGCCUUGUUUUCUUUAAAAGUCAUUUAUAAGAUUUAAAAAAAGGCUGUUAAUAUUUGAUGUUGUUUGCAUACAUUAUUUUUAUGCCCCCCACUAAAGUAUUGGGGGACAUAUUGUUUUUGCCCUGUCUGUUGGUCUGUUGGUUGGUUGGUCUGUUGGUUUGCACCAACUUUAACAUUUGCAAUAACUUUUGCAAUAUUGGAGAUAGCAAUUUGAUAUUUGGCAUGCAUAUGUAUCUCAUGGAGCUGCACAUUUUGAGUGGUGAAAGGUCAAGGUCAUCCUUCAAGGUCAAAGGUCAAAUAUAUGGGUCAAAAUCGCUCAUUUAAUGUACACUUUUGCAAUAUUUCAAUAUCAAGAUAGCAACUUGAUAUUUGGCAUGCAUGUGUAUCUCAUGGAGCUGCACAUUUUGAGUGGUGAAAGGUUAAGGUCAAGGUCAUCCUUCAAGGUCAGAGGUCAUAUAUAUGUGGCCGAAAUCGCUCAUUUUAUGAGUACUUUUGCAAUAUUGAAGAUAGCAACUUGAUAUUUGGCAUGCAUGUGUAUCUCGUGGAGCUGCACAUUUUGAGUGGUGAAAGGUCAAGAUCAUCCUUCAAGGUCAAAUAUAUAGGUCAAAAUUGCUCAUGUAAUGUCACUUCUGCAAUAUUGAAGCUAGCAAUUUUAUAUUUGACAUGCAUGUGUAUCUCAUGGAGCUGCACAUUUUGAGUGGUCAAGGUCAUCCUUCAAGGUCAAAGGUCAAAUAUAUGUGGGGGACAUAGUGUUUCACAUACACAUCUUGUUAUCUGUUACUUUUGGUUUUGAUAUUUUCUUUAAAAAAAGAUAGUGGGUUUUCUAUAUGCAGAAGAGCUUAUUAUAUUAUGGGCAUUCACUAGAAGCUAAAUAGUUGGUUUCAUAAAUAGUGGGUUUUAUGAAUAAUGGUUUAUAUACGCAGUGGUUUUUGUUUAAUAAAGAAACUUAUAUGCAUACACAUUAGCGGGGAUUUAUAAAGCUGCCUGGUUACAAUAUGUUUUAUUGGAAUACUUUUUGCUUAAAUAUAGUGCUAUUUGGUUGCAUUUAAGUCUGAGCCUGUUUGCUUCGUUUAAAGUUUUUUAAUCUAUGGCGAAAAUAAGUGGCUCCCAUCCUAAGACUGCGUUGUAGGUUGCUUCAAGAUGUGAAAUCCAUCUUUCCAUACUUCUCGCCUCAUGACAUAUAUUUUACAUUCCACGUGCAAUAUUUGUACAAUAUUAAAAAUGCACCUAUAUAAACAAAUGAAAACCGUU